GCGUGGCUGCCUGAGGCACGAUGUUGACCUUAUUGGCUGAGUCACGGCCGGGGAGGUGUGGUGAAGACGCUGAAACGUUAAACAAACGGCCCGUGCUGUGAGAGAAGCGGGAGUGAGACCGAGGCUCACGCUGAACCUGCUGCCACACAACACCAAGGUCAAAACUCUUCAGCCAAAAUGUCUGCCGCCAAACGUGCCAAGGGGAAGACGACGAAGAAGCGUCCUCAGAGGGCGACUUCCAACGUCUUCGCCAUGUUCGACCAGUCCCAGAUCCAAGAGUUCAAAGAAGCGUUCAACAUGAUCGACCAGAACCGUGACGGCUUCAUCGAUAAGGAGGAUCUUCACGACAUGCUCGCUUCUCUUGGAAAGAACCCUUCAGAUGAGUACCUGGAGGGCAUGAUGAGUGAGGCUCCAGGUCCCAUCAACUUCACCAUGUUCCUCACCAUGUUUGGAGAGCGGCUCAACGGUACCGAUCCCGAGGAUGUCAUACGGAAUGCUUUCACCUGCUUUGACGAGGAUGGCUCAGGCUUUAUCCAUGAGGACCAUCUCCGUGAGCUUCUGACCACCAUGGGCGAUCGCUUCACAGAUGAGGAGGUCGACGAGCUUUUCCGCGAGGCACCGAUCGACAAAAAAGGAAACUUCAAUUACACAGAGUUCACCCGCAUCCUCAAACACGGUGCCAAAGACAAGGAUGACAUAUAAUUAAAAAAAUAAAAAAUACAGGAUACAAGAUUUUUGAGCGUUCAAUCAGGACUCAGUUCUCUAAAUGCUGAUUAUAAAAUACUGAUGACCUUCCUGUGUUUUCUGACAAGUUCUCAGAGGGUUCUUUUGCACACAGAGAUUAAGCCGAACACUGGACUAGAGAGAUAUUUACAUGGAAGAAUCUUACUCACAACAUCAGUUCAUCUGUGAAGUCUGGCUUAAUGUCUGUCUGCAAAACCAUCCGCUGACCAGCUUCAUGAGGACUUCAUUCUGCCAUGUUUACUGUAUACCGAUCUUGUUAUGUGCCUAAAGGUGAAAAAAAGAUCUGCCAAUUUUGGUCAUGAACCCAAUCUGUCUCUUUGUUGAACAGAAUAAGAAGAAUUAAAACACAAUUAAUUCUAUUGUUGUUGAGAGUAAAAUAAAGAUCUUAGGACUGAAGUGGAAUUUUAUCAAAAGCACCAAAAUAUUUGGUAAAAUUUGGCCUCUGAUCAACUGGUUGAUUUAUAGAGAAAGUUGGUUACCAAUGGUGAUGGUCCAUCUAGGAUAAUGGUAGAUAACCUUUAUCCAAAGUGUGGCAGAAUCUAAUCCAGGAGUAGAGCUGAGCUGUUAAGGGAACCUUACUUAACCUUACUUAACUUAACUUAACCUGUCAAGGGCCCAACAGUGGCUCUUUGAAAAUUGAAGAAACGUCUGGUCAGUUAGUAUAGAAGAUUGAAACAACUUCGCAACACGACACUCCUUUCUAAAAAACUUAGACCAAACUGAAACCCCUGAAGAGAACUAGCUAACAACACCAACUAACUAACUAACAUAUUGUAUAAAUGUUACAAUUCUCUGAAGUUUAGGUUUAUAAACACUGCAAUAUUUUAACAUUUUGAUUUAUAAGGGAAAAAAAUGAUCUCAACUGGGAAUGAUGAUGAUGUCAACUGGGAAUUAUGUGUAAGUCAUACUCAAAUAACAUUCUGUAGCAAACCAUCACUACAGCAGUUCUUUAAGGAACUUUAUUUUUUGAUCAUUUCACCCAAACUUUCUUAGAGCCUUAACUAUAGCCUCAAAUACUCAGUGUUCUAAUAUUUUUCUAAGAGUGUACCACUGCUCUCUGUGUAAGUACAAUAUCAAACACGCUUGUUUUUAAAGUU